AGGGGAAGGGAUCUUUUCUGUGUGAGUCGCCGGAGCUCCCUCAGCCUGCUCCUUAACACCUGUCCUUGACUUGCUGUGCUCGUACGAGACUCAGUGGAAGCUGUGCAGAUCACUCCUCUCCUCUGGCACCUCUCUGUCUGUGUUUAUGUGAGCAGCCACAUUUUUUUUUCUUCUAUAUCUUUCACUCUGUGUGGGGCUGUUUCUUUCUACCUGUGGUGCUUCAGUGGAGUGUCGAGAAGAAGAACGUUCGUCCUCGGCCGGUGGAGCUCUGAUGGGAGGCAGCGCUGGCUCUGGCUGGGACUGGGGAUGCUGAACGGGGGGAGGGAGGGCCUGUUUGAGCUGGGACAGCAGCUCCAGCAGCAGGGGGAGUACCAGGCCGCCCUCCACUGCUUCCUCAGCUGCCUGCUGGGACUGACCCAUGUGCAGAGCUUCACCUCUCUGCCCAACUGCCUACACCAGAUCGCAGAACUCUUCAUCACUGAAAAGAACUAUGGGAAGGCCCUCCAGUUCAUCCAGGCUGAAAAAAUGUUCUAUGAGGUGGCAUUGAUCGAGCUCACAGCUCUUCAGGGCAGCACAGGGCCUCAGGAGGAGGCUACGCUGGGCUCUGCAGGAUGGACAACCCCAGAGGAGCUUUCGGAGCAGGCCUCCCAGGCACAGCACCUUGAGCGGCUGGCCCAGCUCUGCAUCAUGAGCAAACAACCUCAUCUUGCUCUGGAAUACAGCGGCAAGGCUACAAAGAUCCACCAGAGGGCCUUUGGUAAUGACCACCCAAUUACAGCCAGAAGCCUGGAGCUUAUGGCCACCGUCUAUGCUGAGAUCGGCAAGACUGAAUAUUCAGACUCCCUGGGUCAGUGUGUGUCUGCACUGUCUAAACGCUUUGCUGCUGCAGAGUCCAUCAGGGACUCAACUGUCGACUGUCUUCCUCAUUCCCACCGGGAGAAACACUCAGAGGUCCGCCACAGAAAGGACAUCCACCACCAACAGGAGGACGCAUCAAAACCUAAGAUAACCAACAGCAAAGUCCCCACCUCCAUUCUAAAGAGGCCAAGUCCCAUCUAUGGGUCAGAUACAGAGCUCAGCCACAGACGAAAAGGCGAACGGAGGGUUCGGUUCAGGGAGCCAGAGACCACAGUACAUGCCUAUGAGACGACGGCUUCCCGCCCCCACCUUGCCCUGUUCACUUGCCUCUUCCUGCUGAUGUCGUGCCUGGGCGUGGCCAUGUACUGCACGGACCGCCGGCGCCCACAGCGAGUGUGUGAGGAGCUGGAGGCUGCUUUGGCUGUCUACCUGCUGCACAUGAAACAGCUUCUGUGGGGCUGCUGGAUAUGGCUGACCAUGCAGUGACUGAGACCGACCACAGGUGGAGACAUGGAGCCUCCUUUUUUUUUUUUCAGGCCCCUGUGUUUUUCCCUGGAAGGAGCCCAGGCCUACAAACACCUCAGCCAUUUGGCAAAGGCUCUUCACACUGUUUACAGUGUUGAACCACUGUCACAGUGGGAAAGAAAAGGAAAAAUGUGUAAUCCCAGAAACAUGUAGCUUCCAUGUCGGUUUGUAUAUACAUACUAAAGUUGUGGUCAUGCCACUCCUUAUUGAGUUGUAAUGAUUUUGCACAUCUGUAAUGUCGAUACACACAUAUAAUGCUCACUUAAUCACUACAAUCAUUUGAUUUAUCGGCUCAUGUCACAGUCUAUUGUAUGUGAGUGAAUGUUUCCAUGGAAUGCAAAUAUUUAUUUUGUUACCAUGAUUUGUGUAUAUCAGAUAAUACACACAACUGAAUGUGUAUAUAUAUGGUUCAAUAUAAGGACUAUCCCAAUAUUCAGCCUUGUAAUUGCACAUAAAUGAAUGUAGAGAUGUUUGGAAACAGCUUUGAUUUGAAAGGAGGAGGAUGGAAGCACAAAUGUGUAAACUGUUCAGUAAUGGGAAAGAAAACACAGGGCUGCGUCACCUCACAGUACCAGGUGGAAUGACUAACAGAUGAAAAACACCUCUUUCUUCACAGACUGUCCGCUCUUCUCUUUGGCUGACUGUCUUGAGCUGAUUCUUAGCUCUGCUGAGGAGGAAAUCUGCAGCACAAUGUUAUGAAUUCUCUCUCCGUAUCGAUUGUCAAAGAGAAUAUACUCAACAGGAAUGAUGCUUCGUGCUUUUGACAGUGUCCCUCUUUAUAACCGCUUGAAUCCCACAAAAUAUCCUUUAUCCUAAAUGUUAUUUAUUCUUCUAUACUGUAUAUCUGCAUCUACGCAAAUAUCCAACUUUUAAUUAUUUUAAAUUUUUUAGCUUUUUGUUACCAGUCACAUUUCUAUUUAAAAACAAUAAUAUUCAGGUUUUAAUCGUGAUGUCAAAUGCUCAUCAAGCUUUGGACACAUGGGUGUGGGCUCGACAGAUAUUUGCAAUACAAAAAAAAAAAAAUAAAAAUACGGCUGUACUCCUUAAAUCAAGUUUGUUAUGAGGCCAAACUCAGAAAUAUAA